AUGUCAGAGAUCACCAUAUCAUUGCAAUCAUUUUUAAAGAUACAUUCACAUUCAUUCAAGUAUUGUACGAAUGCAGUGAACGGAAUAUUAUUGGGAUAUGUCGAAAAGUCAGUAUUGAAUAUCACCGAUGUCAUUCCACUGUCACACUCAAUGACACUGUUACCAAUGUUUGAAGUUGCAUUAAUACAGAUAGAAGCAUAUUGUAAGAUAAAUCAAAUAGAAAUGAUUGGAUAUUAUUAUGCCAAUGAGAAUACAUUUGAAAAGGAUUUGGAGCCAAUUGCAAAGAGAGUGGCAGAUAAACUGUAUAAUGAAUUGAAUUCAAUGUGUUUUUUGGGUGUCACAGAGAUAAAUGAGGAUAAUCCACUCGGUCUCAUUCCAAUCGGUAGAAACAAUGAAAAUCAAUGGGUAAAGAGUAGCAUUAAACAAUUGAGACUCACUGGAGACAAACAAUCACCAUCUUAUCCGAAAUCAAUGAUUCAAGCACAUGUCAAAGAUGGAAAACUUACACAAUUCAACGAUUUCGAAGACUAUUUAAAUAAUCCUACUUUAGAUUGGUUAAAUAGACCAUCUUCUUCUUCUUCACAGUAA